AUGAGUAGUUCAUUAAAUCGUAAUAUUUAUUAUAAUGAAUUUUAUCAAUUAAAUAAUAUUUAUCCUUGUAAAAAAAAUAUUAAAAAUAUAAAUAGUAUUAAUUCCAUAUAUAAGAAUAUAUUUAUGAUAAAAAGAUGUAUUUAUGUAACAUCAAGGUGUAAUUUCAAAAAUCAGCAUAACUUAAAUAGAAGAAAAGAGAAUAUAUGUAAAAUGAAAAGAAAAAAAAGGAAAAUAUAUUAUAAUUAUUUAAAAUACAUAAUUAAUAUAAAUAGAUCAAAUGUAAAAUGUUUAUACCUACAAAAGGCUUUACGUUAUUUACAAAAUUAUAAAAAAUAUAUAAGAAAAAAUGUGAAAAAUAAUAAAUCAAAGUUUGAAAAAACAUAUUUAUAUAAGAAAUUGUAUCAUUCUAAUAAUGUAAAAAAUUUUAAGCUUUUACAUAAAAAUUCUCAUAACACAAAUGUAAUAAAAUGUGAGAAAAAUUCUGAAAAUUUUAAAAAGGAUGAGACAAAAAAUGAAAAAGACUUAUUUAUAAAAGAAAAGAUGAACUCUUAUAAGGAUGAUAUUAUAUAUGAAAAUAAUGAAAUGAAUUUACACAAUAAUGUUGAUGAAAAUUUUCAUAAAAAUGAUGAUAAAAAUUCAUAUAAAAAAGUGGGUGAAAAUAAAGUAAAAAACACGGGAAAUACUAUGUGUCAGAAUUCAUAUAAAAAACUUGAUCAAAAUUCUAAAGAUUUCGAUAAGCAUAUAGAGGAAAAAACUCAUGAAAAAGGAGAAAUGAAUAUAAAAAUAAAUGAUUUAAUAUUAGUAGCAUUAUCUGGUUGUAUUCCUUUUAUUUGUUUUGGGUUUGUUGAUAAUUCUUUUAUGAUAAUUGCUGGUGAUCUUUUUGAUUCAACUUUUUGUAUUUUUUUGGGUUUUAGCACAAUGGCAGCAGCAGGUUUAGGAAAUUUAACUAGUGACGUUUUAGGAAUAUUCAUUGGAGGAUAUAUAGAAAAAAUAAUUGUUUACAUUGGUUUUCCACGAAUAAAUCUAACAAAUAAGCAAUUGAAAAUGAAUAGAACUAGAAGAUAUUAUUAUGUUGGUAGUGCUUUAGGUAUAGCAAUAGGAUGUUUAUUAGGUAUGAUCCCAUUACUAUUUAUAGAUAAUAAUAAGUUAGAAGAAAAAAAAAAUAGAGAAAAAAAGAAAAAAAAACAUAAUAAGUUUCCUAAUGUUAAUAAAAAACUAUUUGAAUUUGUAUCUUCGGAAAUCCCUAAGUAUAUUAAUUCCAAUUAUGCUUUUUUAUUUAUUGUAGAUAAUAACAAUAAUAAUUUUUAUUCAUAUAUUAACAAUGAAAUUAUACAUUUAUCAUUGGAUGAAGGUGUCAUCGGAGAAGUUUAUAAAAAUAAAAAAGCUAUCAACUGUGAAGUUAAUAAUCAGUUGAAAAAUACUGUAUAUUCUUAUAAGCCUAAUAUUAAAGACAAAGAAAAUAAAAAUCAUACAAAUGAUAAUCAUCAUAAUGGGGGAUUUUCAGUCAAAAUUAUUGAAAAUACAAAUUUAAUUUUGAAUAAAGAAAAAAUUGAUAUUCAACAAAUUAUAGCAGCACCCGUAUUUGGUUUAGAUGAUUCCAUAAUAGGUGUUGUAGUUGUUAUUAAUGUAAAGGAUAAACUUUUUUUUAACAAUAAGGAUGUUGAAUUUCUAAACUUAUUUUGUUCUCAUAUAUCUCAAGAAAUUGAGGAUGAAAGAGACCUUUGCAAAACUUUAAAGUUAUGUAAAAAAAUUGUAUAUGACUAA